AUGCAGGCGCCUAGCAUCGUCAACGCGGACGGCAGCGCCGCCACUGGCUUCGGCUCGGCAGCGGCCGACGAGCAGUUCUACGACGCGGUCGUGAGGGAGCUGACGCGCGGGCAGGAGCUGACGGCGCUGCUGCAGGCGGAGGUGCUGCGGGCGCUACGCGGCCAGGGCCAUGCCGAGGCCGCCGCCGCAUUCAUCCUGCAGGAGGUGUCCCGCGCCUUCACCUUCUGUAUCUCCAUCAUGGACGGCUCCGCCCCGGCCCCCGCCGCCGCGCCAUCCCACGCGACCGUUGCCACCGCCGCCGCCGCGCCACCCCACGCGACCGUUGCCACCGCCGCCGCCGCGGGCGCGCGCCGGGCUAGGGAUGACGGCGCGCCAAGAAAAAGCAUCAUGACACCCUCGCCCAACUCGGAUGGCUACGAGUGGAGGAAGUAUGGCCAGAAGAGGAUCAUGGGGACAAGCUUCCCAAGGUGCUACUUCCGAUGCUGCUACCACCGCGAGCGCAGCUGCCCGGCGACGAAGCAGGUGCAGGAGCAGCACAGCAACGGCGGCCCCAGGAUGUACCUCGUCAUCUACGUCCACGAGCACACCUGCCACCGCACGUCGCCGGCCGUAGCGGAGCCUGAGGCGACCACAGGUAGUCCCACGGAGAUGCUCGACUUCUCCGCCGCCGCGGGGUUCUCGCGGCAGCAACCGGGCGGCGUCGUGCAGCUGAGCAAGGAGGAGCUCGAGCAGCAGGUGCUCGUCUCCUCCCUCACCUGCGUGCUGCAGGGGAGACAGCUCUACCCCGGCGGCGGAUCGCCGGAAGAAUGGUCGUCGCAGGGACGCCCUCGCCAAGACGGCGCGCCCGUACCCGCUGUUUCCAUCGAGACGUCGGCUGAGCUGCCGGCGUCGUUGGGCGAUGAUGACGGGCUGGAUGUCAUGGACUACGAUGUGUCGGACACGAUGUAUUUCGGCGCAUCCUCAUCAUAUUCCUAUGGAGGUGACCACGAACUGCUGCUUUGAGGGGUGCGUCAGUGCGUGAGCUAACGUGAUCGAUCAUGUCGAUCGAUAAUAUACGUAGAUCGAGUUUUGAGAGUCUACAUGAGCGCGGCGGUUUUAUCGUGUGUGUUUAGGAAGAUGAUGACAGAGCCA